AUGGAAAUGAUUUUCUCACAACUUGCAAAGCAAUCAUCAAGGGUCUUGCCAGCAGUUUUGUGUACUGAUGUUGCACAUUGUAUCAUAAACCAAAGGUACAAUGUAAACGGUUUUGAGAAGGAACAAAAUCAUGGUAGUUGAAGGCGGGAUUGUUUCUCACUAUUGCAUUUCGUUUAUUUUGGUAAAUUGCAACUUUACUGAUUUUAUGUCGUUUUUCAGACGUAUUGUAUGUUGCGGUCUUUCUUUUUUCUCUUUGUAGAGUUUGGAAUAUGCAACAUAUAACCUGAGAACAGGCUUUCUGUUUGGGGGAAGGGCAAAAAAGUUGGGAGGAGAGGGAAGGGAAAGGGGAGAGCCUUAAGACAAACCUUUGAGGCCGCUAUUCCACCCUCUUGUCUAUUAAUUGCUGAUCUUCUGUCAGCAAGAUUGUCAAUUAAUGUAGUCAGUUUUGCAUGUAAAAAGGGGGUCAGGAGGCAACACUUGACUUUUACCUGGUGCCAAAAUGCUGCUUGUUCCAAUGAGUUCUUUCUCUGGUGGUAGAUUAUGUGGAGCCUAAGCUUUGACUGAGCAAAAUUGUGGUUUUCCCUCUCAUUUAAAAGUGAGAGGUCAUGACAUGUAUACUGAUUGUCUGAGGUUAUUGUUGUCAUUGUUUCUGGUCAGUGUGAUUUGCCCUCUGAUGCAAGAGCAUUUUAUUUUAGAUCUUUUGAAAUGAAUUUUUGUGGCUAAAUAAGCUUAUCAGUGAUGUGCCAGAAGAAGCCAUGUUAAAGAUCAAAAGACCUGUCAGUGUUCUCACCAAUAGGAGCUUGUAUCAGAAUCUGAUGCACAGUGGGUGCCGCAAACUAGCAGCCUCAUAAGUUUCUCUACUGGCUCUUCCCCUUCCCCUCUGAUGAUUUUUUAAAACUUUCCCCAAACAGAGAGCCUGUACUGUUCACAGGCUAUGCAACAUAAUGCAUGUAUUAUAGCAACAUAUAGCUGAAACAAUCGCCAAAGAGUUAAGAUAUCGAGAAGUGUUUUGCUGCAAACCUAAGGAAAGUUAAGGUUGCUUUAAUGUAAAGAGCUUUCAGCAAUGAAUGUAAUUUGUUUAUUGGGCUCAUUUGAAUUUUGACUUUCAAUUAAGGUGUUUACUGAUUCCAAUAAACGAAGUGAAAUUAAGUGUUAUCACUGAAUUGUGAAUAUGUACACAAUGUAAGCUCAUAUUAUAAAGCUCUCUUGAAUAGAUUUAAUUCUGAUAAAUCUGGCACUUUCUCAAGUAAUUGUUAUCUCACAACUACUAUUAUAAUAGUAUUCUCUUCACCCGGAAAAAUAAAUGUAUCUAUGCAGUUGAUCAAUUCGAUCGAUAGUUCAGCACGCAUUGUUGUUGGUUAAGAAUUUACUUAGUAAUGUAGGUAGUGUCGCUUCGAUUUUGCAAGGACAAAUACGAUAUGUGAGAAAAACAAAGAGGCAUGGGAUAUAUUUUUUCAGUAAUUGAAUAUUAUUCUCUUUGCUGGUUCACUUUUCAACUCUGAACUACCUCACAAGGUGACUGCUUGGCAAGUUGUGUAAGUGUUUUUCAGUCAGUAUAGUUGAAUUUUAAAUUCAACAUUAGCUUUUAAACCCAACUCUUCUAUUUGACCUUGCUCGCUGUGUAUUUUCAACUUGCUUCAUCAAAUUACAGUUACAUAGUAGAACUAUACAAUUUUCAACUCAACACUGUGAAUAAAACUAUACAUACACUGGACAAAUUUUCCUACAUUGCUACUUUUUAUAAGCUUGGAUGCCUGAGCCAAUACUUGGUGGAUUUUUCCACUUACCAAGUCACAUUUCAAACUCGAUCAUGUAUAUUUUCAACAAAACUUAUGAUUUUUUGUUUACACUACAGUGAUCAUUGAUCAAGACCAGGGAGUCCCCCCCGCCAUAGAAGCCUUUGUCGGAGUGGGUGGUUCUUUAGUCCAUUGUGCUUUAAGUGCAAGUGUUUGCCUGCGCCUUCUCACAUGUGUAGUGUUCAUUUCAAGUGAUCUGUAAUGAAAUUUUUGAUUGUUUGAUUUGAUCAGAAUCUGUGAUUGCCUGAUCACAAAGACAGUGGCCAUAAAAAACAGUCCAAAGACAGUUAAGCUCUUUCAAAAGGUAUUACUAUUAAGGAAAGAAAUACACACCCCAGUCAAAAGACUCACAUUAUCUUUAGAAAAACAAUAAGCUAAAGUCUACUAAGUCACAAUGCAAUUAUCUAUAGUUGAUGCACCUCAUUCUUAUAAUUUUGGAACUGUAAAUCACUAUCUGUGAUAAUUUAAUAUCCUGCAAAGAAAACUACUAAACGAGUUAGGCCCAGAAUGAUACAACAUUGCAGAAAAACAUUACAUUAAAGGACUAGAGAAAAUCACUUAAAAUAUUGAAAUCCAGAAGGCACUUUAGAGAAAAUUAGAACCCUUAUUCAGCCGUAAUAAAAAGCUUUAUGUUUUAUAGAAGUCAAAGAAAAUGCUCUUGCAUCAGAGGACAAAUCUUGCCGACCAGAAACAAAAACCACAGUAAAUCAGUAUGUGUUCCACGACCUCUCAGUGUGAGACAAGUGGCAAAAAUCACAUUUGUUCAGUGAAAUAAUAUUGUAGAAACUUCCAGAGCAUAAUCUACCCAGCAGAGGAAAAAAACAUAUUGGAACGAGCAACAUUUUGGUAGGAGGUAAAAGUCCUUUUAAUAGGCCUACCAACCAACCCCUUUUAUUGCUGUGCGCUCGAUAAACAUGCUAUCGCGGAUCCCAUGCCAGCCACGAUAGAAUCAGGUAAAUCCCACUAUUUACAGUAGUGCAAUUUGAAUACCCCACUCAAUGCAUGAAUCUGCCAUAAUCACCCAGCAUGCAAAGAAAGUAGUGUCCGAUAGCCGGGGGCUAGUGGAUUUUGCUAUCAGGGUGGCAAGCUCUGUUAUUAACAUGCCCGAUGGACAAGUGAAGUUUUUUGAGGAAUUCAAAUUACAGAAGUACUGUCAAAUCAAUCUGCUCAUCAAAACAUUUUUGGGGCUAGUUGAAAAUAAUGAUGUUUGGGCUAGUAAACGUUAGCUUCAGCUGUAAAACUUUCUUUGCACCCUGUCACCAUACUGAUAGGAAUCUAAGCAAGUGCAAACUCUGCCGCCAUGUUUGUGCAAUAUGCACUAAGCACGACGGACUAAAGAGCCACCCACCCGACAAAGGCUUCUAUUGUCUUGACCCAGGGAGGCUCCAUGGUCUUGAUCAAUGAUCACUGACGCGUGAACGAAAAUUCACAAGUCGUGUUGAAAAUACACAUGGUUGAGUUUGAAAUAUGACUUGGUAAGUGGCAAAAUGCCCUGAGUAUUCGUUCAGGCAUUCAAGCUUAUAAAAAGUAGCAAUAUUGGAAAAUUUGUCUGGUGUAUAGUUUUAUUCAUAGCGCCGAGUUGAAAAUUGCAUGGUUCUACUAUGUAAUUUGACAAAGCGAGUUGAAAAUACACAGUGAGCAAGGUCAAAUAGAAGAGUUGAGUUUAAAAGCUAAGGGACACAAGCAUAAAAACAUUUUCUUCUAAAGGAAGAGUGUAAAAUUUUGAAUUCAGCUAUAAAAUUUAAGUACCGAGGUUAGAGAUUUAAAUGAUGCAUUUAAAAUUGAAACCAUGAAUUUUGGCAGGGAUCGUACGCCAUAAGCCUGACUUUGUUUCUACCCCCUGGUGUGCACCAAGUAUGAUUUCUAAGAGGAAUGUCAAACUGUGUUCCAUGCAAUUCUGAGUUUGUCCUUGUUUUCUUGAAAACAAUGCAUAAUGAAACAACUAUUAGAAUUGGUUUUUGUGAUAUUUGGAAUAAUCAAGGUCUCAGUACCGUAAGUGUUAUCAGCCUCGGCCUUCGGCUCAGCUGAUGUCAUUUAGUCAAUCCUCUCCCUUGAUUAUUUCUGGAUAACACAAAACCUCAUCCCACACCAUUUAUUGUUUAAUGUUAACAAAGUGAACUAAGACUGUGGUGGCACAGCCCCUCUACAUUAAUUUGUAAAUACUCAGUAUCUUACAUUUCAUUGGGUAAUUAAGGCAGCAGUGACAGUUAAAAGUAAUGAAGUGAACUUCAUUGAUUCCUGAUUUUCCUUUCAAUACUAGGCAAACAUCUUAGGAGCACUAUGCAAUAUUGUGCAGGUUAGUGACACUGGGGUUGAGGCAUUUGUGCCAGAAAAUAGAAGAAAAGUCAAAGUUACUAAAAAUUUGUAAUUACAUGUAACAACAAAUGCUGAAAAGAAAAUAGAAUACCUUAUUAUUUAUUUGAUAAAGUGCUCAACCUCAAGUAACUGCCCACCUCCAAUAACCCUCCACCUUAUAGGCAGAAAAAAAAUGAAUUAUCUCCUAACCUCGAAUAAGUGCCUACCCCAUACCAGCUAGAUUGAAAAAGACUAAGUUCUACUAAAUUAAGAGACCAAGUUUUCUUAGUACAGUAUUUUAAAGAAACUUUCAAUGAACAGUUAAAAAUCUGCUUUGGAACUCAAACAAAAUUACUUUUGGUGAAAACUGUGAGAAUUCAUUAAACACCCAGCCCAAAUACACGUAUUAAAGUGACCAAAUUGAAUAAUAACCCACUCUCAAGGUGCAAAACUUUAGUGAGCACCCAGGCAAGGCACUUAAUCAAAUAAAUAUGGUAUUUUGUUAUGGGACCUCUUCAUUGUAGCGGUACAUGCAGUCACGUUUUCCAGUAGGUGUAGUGCUUGAUUUAUAAACACACAAGCUGUUUUAUAAAAACUGCAUUGACAAAAUAGAUUUGCAAUUAUUGAGAAUCUGUUUUAUACCAAUACAGCAUUACAUUUCAUUUCACCCUUCAUUAGUUCGGCUUUGCUUUUUCAAAAACAAUGUAUCUCAGCUCCAGGUUUUGUCCAAAUUACCUUUAGUUAAAAUUUUUUGUGCAUUUAAGAUAGACAAUAUUAUUUUGAACUACUGUGCAAAUUAACCUUUUAAAAAAAUAAUGUAUGAAAUAGCUGUACGUAUGAUCUGGCGAUAGUUUAUCUACAGUGUAUAUGUAAACUGCUUUUAAUAGACCUUUUUACCGAUACGGUGGCCAUAUUGAAUUAAUUCAAUUUAAGGAGUAUUAUAGGAUGCCCAGAGUGCUUUUCGGGACAUUUUUUCUUAAAGUUUUCUUAGAAUAAGAUUGUAAUGGGAAAAAAGAUCCUUGUGCCCUGUUUGGAUGUAAUAAUGAUCGCCUUUUUCUAGUUUAGCAUUAGAAAUAUGGUCUUUCACCGUAUAUUUCUAGGGAAAAAGGUGAUCAUGAUUACAUCCAAACACGGCUCAAGGAUCUUUUUUUCCCAUUAGAAUCUUAUUCUAAGAAAACUUUAAGAAAAAAAUGUCCCGAAAAGCGCUCCAAAAUACAAGCCAAAUGUGCAUGCUUCACAGCAGGUAUGUCAAUGCAGAAAUUUCAAACCCAUUGAAUUUUUUGGGUGGCAACAAGCUACCUUAAACUUCAAGGACACUUUGGAGAAUUCUUGCUGAUCUCAGCAAGACUGUUCUUCGAAGUGCAGUGCCAACUCAAUCCCAGAAUUAUUUAUGUUUUUUCAGUUAAACCUCCAGGUCUUCAGAAUAGUACCCAGUGCUCCAAAACAAAAGGGGCAACUUUUACACCUUCAUCUUCCACAAGUAGUAUCUUCAUGCCAGAUGAAGAUACUAAUUCUUGUUGA